CUGACAAAGCAGGAGAUGAAAUUUUUUAAACCCAUCAUAGGAAGCAAAUUGUGCAUCAAAGCAAGUCUCAGCUGUAUUGGUCUGAGUCUUUGCUUAUCCUUGUCGAAUUAAAAGCAACAAGCAGAAGGCUGACAUUGUGGAUGGCUCUGCGUGCGGCUGGAAUGGGUGGAAAUCAUAGAGCCUCGCACGCGGGAGCGCAUGUACGCCAACCUCAUCACAGGGGAGUGUGUGUGGGACCCGCCCCCUGGGGUCCGCAUCAAGCGCACCAACGAGAACCAGUGGUGGGAGCUCUUUGACCCGAACACCUCCCGGUUCUACUACUACAAUGCCACCACCCAGCGGACCGUGUGGCAUCGGCCGCAGAACUGUGAUAUCAUCCCACUGGCCAAGCUCCAGACCCUGAAGCAGAACACCGAGUCCCCGAGGGCCUCCACGGAGAACAGCCCUGGGCGCAGCAGCAACGUCAGCAGGGAGGGCAGCACCAGCUCCUCCCUGGAGCAGGAACUGGAGGGCAGCGAGAAGGCGCAAGACCAGACGCGGGCAAACCGGCAGUCAGCCCAGUUCGCUGUAGUGAAAGAAGAGGCAGAAAGGACGUCGUCCCUGCGCUGGAACACCGGCACCAAGGAGCGCAUGCUGAUCAAGGUGACGGACCGGGAACCCAGCUUCCUCGUGCACCAGGGCAACGGCUACUCCACCGACAACCAGCAAGGGACCCGCUCCCGGCGGCCGUCGGGCGGCCAGCAGUCCCCCAACCUGCAGACUUUUGCCUCUGACUCGGACAACUCCGUCUUCUUCCCCGAGAGGAAGCAGUCUCCCUUCUUGAAAAGGGCCGACCACAUGGGCAGCUGCUCCCCGCUGCUCGGCCGGGGAGACUCCUUCUGCUCCCCGCUCCAGGCUCAGCACCGGAAGCACUCGAACGAGUCCCAGCCGUCCUCUCCACGCUAUGCCUACGAGCCCCCCUUGUACGAGGAGCCCCCCAUGGAGUACCAGGCCCCCAUCUACGACGAGCCCCCCGUGGACAUGCAGUACGAAGCCAGCGGGAACUACAAGGCGGGCUCCCCCCAGAAAUCGCCCAUCCGGAAACCCCACCCCUUCCUGCAGUCGCCCAAGCAGGGCCCCAACUCUCCCUACCAGCAGCUGGUGCUGACCAAACAGAAAUGCCCCGAGAGGUUCAUGAGCCUGGAGUACAGCCCCGCCGGCAAGGAGUACGUCAGGCAGUUGGUUUAUGUGGAGCAGUCCGGUUCCAGCCCCAAGCUGAAAACAGGCCUGCGACACAAAUACUCCCCCAACCCCAUCGGGGGCUCCUACUCCCUGCAGCACAGCCCCUGCCUGGCGAGGGAUCAGCGCCUGGAGAUCAAGUCUGGGGACUACAGCAGCAUGGAAGGGGCUGACUUCCGGCACAGCCAGUCGGGGAGCCAGGCCUCCCAGGGGGAAGACUCCAUGUCUUGGUCCAGCCAGCAGGACACCAUGUCUUCUACAGGGUACUCGCCUAGCACUCGGAAGAGGAAAAGCAGGAAGCCCUCCCUGUCCCAUGACCCCACUGCCUCCUCGACGGACGGCUCGGGGGACCGGGAGGCGCUCGGCGAGCAGCUGAUGGUGGAGGAGAGGCCCCCGGCCGGCACGAACCGGCCCCAGAUGAACCGCACAGAAAGCAGAUCCGUGGAGGCUGAGGCCAUGCGGGGCUUCCAAGAACCCUUCCUGGCCCAGGCCCGGCUGGCGUGGGAGGCGCAGCAAGCCCACUACCACAUGAAGCAGCGGAGCAGCUGGGAUUCCCAGAAGGAUGGCUCGGGCUACGAGAGCGACGGCGCCCUGCCUUUACCCAUGCCUGGCCCCGUGGUGCGGGCCUUCAGUGAGGAUGAGGCCCUGGCUCAGCAGGACGGCAAGCACUGGAAGAGGAAUACCUUUGAGAAGCUGGGCUUCCCCCAGAUCCUGCUGGAGAAGAGUGUGUCCGUGCAGACCAACCUGGCUUCUCCAGAGCCCUACCUGCAUCCAUCUCAGUCGGAGGAUCUCGGGGCCUGUGCCCAGUUUGAGAGCAGCAGACAGAACAGAAACAUGCUGCCUAGCGCCAGCUGCGUCUUCCCUACCUUCACCCUGCGGAAGCCCUCCUCGGAGACGGACAUUGAGAACUGGGCCUCCAAGCACUUCAACAAGCACACCCAAGGGCUCUUCCGGAGGAAGGUCUCCAUCGCCAACAUGCUGGCCUGGAGCAGCGAGUCCAUCAAGAAGCCCAUGAUCAUGACCAGCGACCGCAACGUCAAGAAGGAGGCCUGCGAAAUAUUUAAACUCAUUCAGAUGUACAUGGGGGACCGGCGGGCCAAGGCGGAUCAGCUCAACGUGGCUCUGGAGAUCGCCACCAAAGGCUGGAGCAUGCAGGGCCUGCGGGACGAGCUGUACAUCCAGCUGUGCCGGCAGACCACCGAGAACUUCCGCUACGAGAGCCUGGCCCGGGGCUGGGAGCUCAUGGCCAUUUGCCUGGCCUUCUUCCCGCCCACGCCCAAGUUCCAUUCCUACCUGGAAGGGUAUAUUUACAGGCACAUGGACCCGGUGAAUGACACCAAAGUGACUCAGCACAUUAAAGAGCUCCUGGAAAGGAACAGUAAGAAGAAAUCCAAAUUGAGAAAGAAACCCAAGCCCUAUAUCGAGGAGCAUGAUGGGGUGGCAAUAAGCACUUACGCCAAGUACUGUUACAACAAGCUCCAGAAAGCAGCCUUGACGGGAGCAAAGAAGGGCCUGAAGAAGCCAAACAUUGAGGAGAUCCGGCACGCAAAGAACGCGGUGUUCAGCCCUUCCAUGUUUGGGAGCUCCCUGCAGGAGAUCAUGAACAUGCAGAAGGAGAGGUACCCAGACCGCCAGCUCCCCUGGGUGCAAACCAGAUUGUCCGAGGAAGUGCUGGCGCUGAACGGAGACCAGACCGAGGGCAUCUUCAGAGUGCCAGGAGAUAUCGACGAGGUCAACGCCCUCAAGCUGCAGGUGGAUCAGUGGAAAAUCCCCACCGGCUUGGAAGACCCUCAUGUUCCUGGUAAGGGCUCCUGACCCCCUCCCCCCAUCUCCCCCGCACACACGGGGACACCUGGGGCAAGGAGAGUGGGAAGGGAUUCCUGGCUCUGAGCUUCGUGGGCCUGAAGGCAGCCAGUCUGGGGAGGGCAGCCAAGGGAGAGCGUGAGAGGAGAGCCCUCGAGCAGGCCGUGGGGAUGGGGGCAGGAGCUCACUCUGGCCCUGGGCAUGAGCCGGGAAGGGAGCGGGGAAGAGAAGGAGAGUGCUAGGGAAGGGCGGGGCUCUGGCCCACCGGGGUGCACAGCCUGGCGGCUGAGAGUGGGCGCCGGAGCUUGGUGUGGCAGAGGGGCCUGGAGAAGGAGGGUGGCAUGGCCCCAGCAGAGCUCCUGGGAAGCCUACGGGGCGAGUCCAGCACAUGUGGCCCAGCUAGGUGAGCACU